ACAAUAAUAACAUGUCAGUGUCAUUUGAGGCAACAUAGUCGUAGUAUACACUCCGCUCCCAAAAACUUCCAUAAAUUAUCCAGACGAUUGCCAAAAAUAAAAAAAACUCUUUACCCCAAUCCAUCAUUUUGCUGUAUUUACGUGAGGGGAUAUAACCCACCACUAAACUCCAUAAAUUGACGAGUAAACAAGAACAAUUGAGUCAUCAUCGGGCGCGGUGAAGCGAGAGCAUUCAUCUAAAGUAAUGAACACUUGCGGAUUCGUGACUUGUGGCCCCAAUGAAGCCCUGGUGGUGUCAGGCUGCUGCUAUGGGAAACCACUGCUUGUCCCUGGAGGACGGGUGUUUGUUUGGCCGAUCGUCCAGCAAGUUCAGAAGAUAUCAUUGAACACUAUGACUCUCCAGGUUGAAAGUCCCACUGUUUAUACGAGUCAGGGAGUGCCGAUAUCCGUCACGGGAAUUGCGCAAGUUAAAAUCCAAGGACAAAAUGAAGAGAUGCUGUCGACGGCGUGUGAACAAUUCCUAGGUAAGGAUGAGCAUGAAAUUCACAAUAUUGCUCUGGUAACUCUCGAAGGGCAUCAGCGUGCGAUAAUGGGAAGCAUGACAGUCGAGGAGAUUUACAAGGACCGUAAAAAGUUCAGUAAAGAGGUCUUCGAGGUUGCCAGCAGCGAUCUGAUCAACAUGGGCAUCACAGUGGUCUCAUACACACUGAAAGAUAUCCGCGACGAAGAAGACUCGAAGGGCUACCUGAAAGCCCUGGGAAUGGCUAGAACAGCUGAAGUGAAAAGAGACGCAAGGAUCGGUGAGGCUGAGGCUCGCAAGGAUGCGCAGAUCCGAGAGGCCAUGGCUGAGGAGCAAAGGAUGGCCGCUCGUUUCCUCAACGACGCCGAUAUCGCCAAAGCACAACGGGAUUUUGAAAUCAAGAAGGCUGCGUAUGAUGUUGAAGUACAAACUAAGAAAGCAGAAGCAGAAAUGGCUUUUGAACUUCAAGCAGCCAAGACCAAGCAGAGAAUCAUGGAAGAACAGAUGCAGGUAAAGGUUGUGGAGCGUGGACAGGAGAUUGCAGUCCAGGAACAAGAGAUGAUGCGCCGUGAGAAAGAGUUGGAUGCAACCGUCCGCCGUCCAGCUGAUGCUGAGAAGUACAGACUUGAGAAAAUGGCUGAAGCCAACAAACUCAGACUUGUGAUGGAGGCAGAGGCUGAGGCUGAGGCGAUCAAGGUUCGUGGUGAAGCUGAGGCAUUUGCUAUUGAGGCUAAAGCUAAGGCCGAGGCCAAUCAGAUGGCUAAGAAGGCUGCAGCAUGGGACGAGUAUGGAACUGCUGCUAUGGUCGAUAUGAUGCUUGACACUUUGCCAAAGGUCGCUGCUGAGGUCGCAGCCCCUUUAUCUCAAGCUAAAAAAAUUACGAUGGUGUCCAGUGGAAAUGGCUCGGUGGGGGCUGAAAAACUGACGGAAGAAGUACUCAACAUCGUGACUCGUGUUCCAGAACUUGUCAAGAACCUGACUGGUGUAGACAUAGCAAAGUCUGUCCACGCGGCAUAAAUUGAGAAAGAAGUCAUCCCUUGUCAUCCAAAGAUAAACAAAACCUACGAUAAAUGUAUUAUCGAAUAAUUCAAUUUUACAAAUUGCACUUAUCUCUUUUAUUGCGAUAAUAAGAUAACUUUUUAUUAGUAACGCUGUAAUGCAGAAUGCAUUGAUUAACAAUUUAAUUUUUCUAUGAGGUAAAAAAACUCUUUAGGAUAAAUAAUCAAAGUAUUGGCCGAAAAAAAAAACGCGGAUAAAAUAAAAUAAUUGUAUUUUCAUACUUCUUGACAAGAAAAAUUGAUAAUCUCAACGGUAUAAUUUAGGAAAUUUCGAUAGCUGAUUUAGGAAUCUAGAUAAUUCUAGUCCCGUGGAACAUUCUCAUUCUGAUAAUGAAAUAAAAACGGAGCUAGAGGAUACGACGACAGCAGCAGUGACAUAAUUAAAUUCAUAAUUGCACUUUUCCUCAUGAACACCCAAGUACUCUGGCCAUUUUUGUCCGUUGCAAUUAUUUUUUAUAUUUGUAAUUGAACGUCAGUGCUUCCAUUCAAGGGGAAACCAGCCACCUUUGUCUCUAUCCCAUUCUAGUGUUCUCUGUUUCGGGACAAAGCAAAAAUAUGCCCUUUACCCUAGGGACUAAAUGCAAACGACGAUUUUAAAAGACUCCCAACAAAUUUCCUACUGUCAAAACUGCAUUCCAACAUUUUAGAAUGAUUCGACACUGGGAUAACUGCACAAAUGAGUGAAUCGAAAAAUUUGACAGAUUACAUUUGACAAUUUCACUGUGAAAAUAGUUACCAUUAGAUGUGUGUGGUCUCUUACGCAAUUUCUAGACGUUCUGCAUACUAUAUUACAAUACAUAUUAACGAAGAUAUACAUCGUCCGGAUAAUGACGUGAAGAAUUGAAUGGAUAGAUAUUCUGGUUGUUGAACUAUCGGGUGUAAUAUAAAUUAUAAUAAAGCCUGAGAUUUGUUUCACGUGA